AUGGCGAAGAUCAAAAGCUUGUGUCCCCCGAACUCCCAAGAGGGAAACAUCAUUUUUCUCCCUCUAUCGCUAGACGAUCUGAGAACCAUCAAGCCUGCAGUGAAGAGAUUUACCGCAGCUGAAUCUCGUCUGGAUGUUUUAUUCAAUAACGCUGGUGUCUCUAACCCUCCUCAAGGGACUUCGCCCCAGGGCCACGAUAUGCAAUUGGCAACCAAUUGUCUCGGCCCGCAUCUUUUCUCCCAGCUUCUCUUGCCCAUACUACGGGGCACGGCUCGAAUCACACCCCUCGCCAGUGUACGGGUUAUCUGGACAGCAUCGAUAGUUGUCGAUGCAUUCGUGCUUGGGACCGGCAUAGAGCUUGCAGAACUGGUUCAAGAAGAUGCCGGCAAAUCACGCAAUUAUCUAAACACCAAAGUGGGAAAUUGGUUUUUGGCAGAUGCCUUCGCCAACCAGGUCAGUGGGGAUGGGAUAUUAAGCUUGGUGCAGAACCCAGGGAAUAUCAAGACCAACAUCAUGCGCCACAGUCAGGCUUUUGUUCCAUUUAUGCUUGGGCCAUUUCUUUAUGUCCCUAGAUUUGGGGCAUAUACUGGAAUCUGGUCAGCUUUUGCGAGUGAUCUCAAACUUGAUGAUGGGGGAAAGUAUAUCCUGCCCUGGGGGCGUAUACAUCCGUGUCCAAGAGAAGAUUUGUUGCGAGCCAUGAAAGGAAAAGAAAAAGGGGGCACUGGGGUUGCAGCGGCCUUUGUACAGUAUUGUGAUAAUCAGAUUGCAGCGUUUCUAUAG